AUGUUGGUGAUGAUGAACCUGGUGGUGACCAUGGUCAAGGUGGUGAUGAUGAUGAGGGUGUUGGCGGUGAUGAUGCGCAUGAUGAUGGUGGUGGUGAUGACAGCAGAGAUGACGGUGGUCGUUGAGGAGCCCUUCAGAUUCCACUUGGUCCUCGCCACAGUCAGAUUGAUCGAGGGCCGAGGGGUCCCGGACAACGUGCAGAGGUUCUCCUCCUUGCCGCCUUACCUCCCCGCGAGCUACCACAUCCUCAGAGCCGACUCCUCCUUCUUCCUCAAGGAGACCAGCCAGCGCAUGGCCGGCAACUCCAGCCUGCAGACCAGAGUGGAGUCUUUCUUUGCCUACAAGGCCCGGCGGGCCCCGGCACUAAACGUGAGCUACGGGCCUUUCUCUGUGGAGAAGGCGGUGCCUCUGGACCUGCUGCUGCCCGCUCACCUUCUCAGCCCGACCAGCAAGUCCACCUUCCACGGGAAGCUGAAGGCUCACAUCCUGCAGGACAGGGUCUACCCAAGCCGGCCCAGAGUGCAGGUCCUGUUCUACGUGUUGGGCCGGGACUGGGACGCCCAGGAUCCCCCUGAGCCGCUGCCCUGCCUGCGCGUGUUUGCCUUCCGGGAGACCCGAGAGGUCAGGGGUGGCUGUCAGCUGAGAGGCCCGCUCUGGCUGUGUGUGGCCGAGCUGGAGCUGCUGCCCGCCUGGUUCAGCGCCCCCACGGUGGUGGGCGGCAGGAAGAAGGCAGCCGAGCGACUGGAGGGGACUCCCGUGGAGCUGUACUACGUCGUCCAGCCUGGGGACGCGCAUGGAGACUGCGUCGGCAGGGACUCCAGGAAAGACAAUGCCAUCAGGCCUGGGAAGGACGGGCUGGGCGGAGGCACAUCCCGCCUGCAGAGGAUCGGCACCGUGGGUCUCUACCGGACCCAGGACAGUACCCAGCUGAGUGAGCUGCGGCUGGACAGUAAUGUGGCCGUCUGGUUGCCGUCCAGGCCGGUAAAGCAGGGAGACGUGGUCACUGCCUACGUCACCAUUGCCAGCGACUCCACUGUGGACCUGUUCAUCUUAAGAGCCAAGGUCAAGAAGGGUGUGAACAUCCUGAGCACGCAGACCGGCGAGCCUCGGCAGUGGGACUCUACGCAAGAGAUGGGCAAUGGCAGCAAGCACUCCACCGCCACCGUGGUGUGCCAGCGGCUGGGGCCCCGGCCUCACAACAGGAGCGGCGGGGUCUUUGUGGAGGUGGUGCAGAUGAACUUCGAGAUGGCCAGCUUCAGCAGCCUGUCAGGGUCGCAGCCCAUCACCUGGCAGGUAGAGUACCCGCGGAGGGGCGCCACCGACGCCGUCACGUCCGAGAUCUUCGUCAGCCAGAAGGACCUGGUGGGGAUCGUGCCCCUGGCAAUGGACACGGAAAUCCUGAACACGGCCAUCCUGACAGGCAAGACGGUGGCCCUGCCCACCAAGGUGAUCUCCGUGGAAGAGAACGGCAGCGUGACAGACAUCUCUGAGUUGGUGGAGUGCAAAGCCCCCGACGAGGACGUCAUCAAGGUGUCCGAUCGCUGUGACUACGUCUUUGUCAACGGCAAGGAGAUGAAAGGCAGGGUGGACGUGGCAGUGAACUUCACGUACCAGCACCUGAGCGCCCCACUGCACAUCAGCGUGUGGGUGCCCCGGCUGCCCCUGCAGAUCGAGGUCUCUGACACUGAGCUGAACCAGAUUAAAGGCUGGAGGGUCCCCAUCGUGGCCGGUAAGAGGCCCGCCCGGGACAGCGAGGACGAGGACGAGGAGGGGCGCCGGGGCCGGGGCUGCGCCCUGCAGUACCAGCAUGCCACCGUGCGCGUCCUCACCCAGUUUGUGGCCGAGGGCCCCGGCCCGUGGGGCCAGCUGAGCCACCUGCUGAGCCCCGACUGGCAGCUGGAUGUCUCCCACCUGGUGGCCGAGUUCACCAAGCUGGAGGAGCCCGGAGUCGCCACCCUCGAGGGCAGCCGGGUCUUGGUCGGCCGGGAAGUCGGCAUGACAACCAUCCAGGUGCUGUCCCCACUGUCAGACUCCAUCUUGGCGGAGAAGACGGUGACCGUGUUGGACGAAAAGGUGACCGUGACCGACUUGGCCAUCCAGCUGGUGGCUGGGCUUUCGGUCAGCCUGCAGCGCAGCCCAGAGGACGGGCAAGUCUUCAUGGCUGUGACCACCGCCGAGGAGCAGCUGCGGGCUCCCAAGCAGGAGGCUGUGGUCAGCACAUGGCUUCGGUUCAACGACGGCUCGAUGGCACCCCUGGACAUCUACGACCCUGCUGACUUCUCGUUGGCCGCCGCCUCCCUGGACGAAACCAUCGUCUCCGUUCCCCAGGGUCGGUCCCCACGGUGGCCCGCAGUGGUGGCCGAGGGUGAAGGCCAGGGCCCCCUGGUCCGCGUGGACCUGACCAUUGCAGAGGCCUGCCAGAAGUUCAAGCGCAGGAGUGUGCUGGCCGUGGGUGUCGGCAGCCUUGAGGUCAAGUUCGGGCCAGGCGAGGCUGAGCCCAACCCCGGCGGGGACCCCGAGGACGAGGUGACUGACAACCAUGCCAGUGACCGCAGGCACAAGGGACAGGACAGGCUCCUGCCUGUGGGCGACGGCGGCUCUGUGGGCCGGGAGGGAGGGGCCCUUCGGAAAGCCGGCACCACGGCCCCGUCCCUGCCGGACGGGGCAGGGAGGUCUGGCCGGCGGGACGAGGGCCGUGGGCCCGGCGAGGGGCAGCUGCAGAACAUCCCCCUGGACUUCACCAACUUCCCAGGCCAAGUAGACGCACCACACGCCGGGGCUGGCCUGGAGGAGAGCGGGCUGGUGGCGCCGGCCCGAGGCCUGAGCGACCUGGAGGUGGGCAUGUACGCGUUGCUCGGCGUCUUCUGCCUGGCCAUCCUGGUCUUCCUCAUCAACUGUGCCACCUUCGCACUGCGGUUCAGGCACAAGCAGCUGCCCCUGGAGGGCCAGGCCCCAGUGGCCCACUCACACGACUGGGUUUGGCUGGGGAACCAGGCUGAGCUCUUGGAGGCUGGCGGGGGCCUUUCGCCGCCGCAGCCACCGCCACCGCUGGAGGAGCACACCACAGUCCUGGACCACAGGCUGGGGGGCCGCGAGGAGGAGAGUAACCUCCUGCUCAACGGCGCCCCUCAGAGGCAGGGCCCGCCGGGGGGCCGGGAGGAGCCCCUGCACUCACCCGCCUCCAGGAGGAAGCGGGUCCGGUUCUCCACCUUCGCCACCCUCCCCCUGGACGAGGGCCUCCCUGAGGUCAACUCCAUCCUGGGCAGGAACGAGGAGGACAUCCCCUGGGUGUGCCGGGAGGCGGCAGGCGGCAGGGACCUGAGGGUCCCUCUGGGGAGACUCACGGAGAACGCAUAGCCCCUGGCCCUGGCCAGGCUCGGGGACCGCUGCCCCUCCGCUCCUGAGGACUGGGCACGAGAGCGGGGUCCGCACAGCGGAGGGGCUGGACGCAGAGGGCCGGGCGCCGGGUGGACCCGCUGGCCAUUUUGAAGCCGGGAAGGGACACUUUUGUAUCCAGGUCUGGGGGUGUUUUUUAAGCAGUGGACAUUGGUGGGUUUGACCAAACUCGGUGGGGAGGGGCGCCACGUGAGGGGCCGCGUUUGGUGAGGGCAGACGGAAAGCCAACCAGCCACCAAAAACGAUUUGUUAUAAAAACACAAAAGAACAAAUAAAAAGAGACAGAAA